UACGAUUUGGAAUUCAUUUGUGACUUCAAAUACAAAACAAACAAAAACAUUUUCGUGCAAUUGUUUUGAAGAAGGAAUACACUUGUGUGUAUGCGUGUGUUAUUGAAUUGAAUCGAAAUUUCAUUCCCUGAGUAAAAGAAAAUACCCAUUCGCACUGAAACUUGCCCGUAAAAAAACGUGAUAUAUUAGAAAUAACUCGUAGAAUAAAAAAAUAAGUUUGGACAAGAUUCGAAAGUAUACGAAAGAAAAGCAUUCAUUUUAUGAAAUUUAUUGACGCGUACGCUUCGACCAAAAAUCAUAAACAAUACAAAUUAUUUGAAAACAAAUACAAAUCACAUUUUCUAACUCACACAAAAUGAAUGAUCACGAUGAAUUGUGUCCGCCACCCUCAGCUGAUGAUGAUGAUUUAACCCUGCCGCGAGCCAGCAUCAAUAAAAUGAUUAAGGAAUUGGUGCCGUCAAUACGAGUGGCCAAUGAAAGUCGUGAAUUGAUUUUGAAUUGUUGUACUGAAUUUAUUCAUUUGAUUAGCUCCGAAGCAAAUGAAGUAUGUAAUUUACGAAAUAAGAAAACGAUCAAUGCAGAGCACGUUCUUGAAGCGCUCGAUCGUUUAGGUUUUAAAGAUUAUAAACAAGAUGCUGAAGCUGUACUCAUGGAUUGCAAAGCGGUGGCCGCAAAACGGCGUCGACAGUCGACGCGCUUGGAAAAUUUAGGUAUACCAGAAGAAGAAUUAUUGCGUCAACAACAGGAACUAUUUGCCAAAGCCAGACAGGAACAACAAGCCGUGGAUCAAGCACAAUGGCUCAGUUUCUCAGCGGCCAUACAACAAAAUAAUACACAAAACUCAUUAAAUACAUCGCAAAAUAGCUAAAACAAAACGGAUAUUGAUGAUUACACAAUGACGCUGAAUAAAAUCAAUAAACAUUUCAAAACAAAUGGAAUAUGGACACAAAACACACAACAUAUUAGUACCAUCACACACAUACACACAAAUUAACUACUGCUACACAAGUGACAUCUUAUUCAGCUAGUUACCAAAUGAUAAAUGAACUAUAAUGUCAAUUCAACAAAAAGGAAAUUUAAAAUUAAAAAGGGCGCGAAGAGAAUAGAAAGAUGAACGAAAACGAAUUUCAAUAAUAUAAUAUUCGAUAAUGUCAACAAAACGAAUUUCAUUUGCAGCAACUUAACAGAAACGGGAGAACGAAUGCUGCGACACCAUUUACGCAUUUAUAUUUCGUCUUCUCAUUUAUUGCAAAAAUUUAUACAAGUAAAGAUAUUGAAAUUAUUAUGGAAAACUAAAAUUAAUUGAGAGAAUUUGAAAAAAAAGUAAA